AUAGCAAAGGAAUGUCUGUGGCUCAGUUCUGUGCAGGGCCCGGUGCUGAAAGGGCAGGGAACAAUUGAUGGUGCUAUUUUGAAUUGAUUUUUCUUUUCCCCCCAUUUUUAUUUUUGCACAUAGAGUCUCAUGUCUAAUAUUUAGACAUGAUGAGCUUUGUGCAAAAAGUAACUUGGCUCAUUCUUGCCGUGUUUCAACCCUCAAUUAUUUUGGCACAACAAGAUGUUUUAGGAUGUACACAUCUUGGGCAAAUGUACGCUGACAGGGAUGUUUGGAAACCAGAGCCAUGCCAAAUCUGUGUAUGUGACUCAGGGGCUGUGCUCUGUGAUGACAUCAUCUGUGAUGGUGAGGAUUUAGAGUGUCCCAACCCAGAGAUUCCGUUUGGAGAAUGUUGCCCUAUUUGUCCACAGACAGCACCUACUGUCAAACCCACUUCUAAUUCCAAUGGACUUACCAGCCAAGGUCCCAAAGGCGAUCCUGGGCCUCCUGGCAGAAAUGGUUCACCUGGUCCCCCUGGACAACCAGGCAGUCCUGGCUCUCCUGGCCUGCCAGGGAUCUGUCAGUCCUGUCCCUCUUCUGAAGGAAUACCGAAUUAUUCUCCUCAGUAUGAAGCCUAUGAUUCCAAGGCUGGUGGCAUAUCACAACCGUAUCCAAUUUCUGGCGGUAUGGGAGCUCCUGGCCCACCUGGUGCUCCUGGCCCCAUUGGUCAACCAGGCCCACCUGGUUCUCAUGGAUAUCAAGGUUCCCCUGGUGAGCCUGGACAGCCUGGCCCUGCUGGACCUCCCGGACCUUCAGGAUUAGUAGGCCCAGCUGGUCCCCCAGGAAAAGAUGGAGAAUCUGGAAGACCAGGCAGACCUGGUGAGCGUGGAUUACCUGGGGCACAGGGCCUCAAAGGACCCCCUGGUAUGCCUGGAUUCAAUGGAAUGAAAGGUCACAGAGGCUUCGAUGGACGAGAUGGUGCCAAAGGUGAUGCUGGUGCUCCUGGUCCAAAGGGUGAAAAUGGUCUUCCUGGGGAAAAUGGAACACCCGGGGCAAUGGGUCCAAGAGGUCCAUCAGGUGAAAGAGGGAGACCUGGAUCUCCGGGUACUUCUGGUGCCCGUGGUAAUGAUGGUACUCCGGGAACAGCUGGACAACCUGGUCCCCCUGGCCCUCCCGGAACUGCAGGAUUUCCAGGCUCUCCAGGUGCUAAGGGUGAAGCAGGUGCUUCUGGUUCCCCAGGCUCUGAUGGUACCCCUGGACAAAGAGGAGAACCUGGUCCAGCAGGUCAUGCUGGUGCAGCUGGUACUCCUGGCAAUCCUGGAAGAGAUGGAAACCCAGGAAGUAAAGGUGAAACGGUAAGAAUCCCACUAAAUUGGCAUUUUUUCCUAUCCCGUGGCCCUCCUGGUCCCCCAGGGACUAAUGGAAUUCCUGGACAAAGAGGCGGAUCAGGUGAACCUGGUAAGAAUGGUGCAAAGGGAGAGCCAGGCCCACGAGGAGAACGUGGUGAAAAUGGAACUCCGGGUGCUGCUGGACCUCCUGGUGAAGAAGGCAAAAAGGGUGCUAAUGGUGAGCCAGGCACAAAUGGUGUCCCUGGAACACCAGGAGAAAGGGGUCUGCCAGGUUUCCGUGGCCCAGCUGGCAGUAAUGGACUUCCAGGAGAAAAGGGUGUUCCAGGGGAACGUGGUGGUCCAGGCAUUUCAGGUCCAAGAGGAGCUCCGGGAGAACCUGGACGUGAUGGUGGCCCUGGUCUUCCAGGAAUGAGAGGUUUGACAGGAAGUCCAGGAAGUCCAGGAAAUGACGGAAAACCCGGCCCUUCAGGUAAUCAGGGAGAAUCCGGCCGACCUGGUCCUCCAGGCCAAACAGGUCCAAGAGGUCAGCCAGGUGUGAUGGGUUUCCCUGGUCCUAAGGGUAAUGAGGGUGCACCAGGAAAGAAUGGAGAAAGAGGUGCCCCUGGACCACCUGGCGCACAGGUCAGUUUUAUUUAUCAGCUUCUCUUUGGUAAUAUUUCACAGUGUUCUCCAAUUUUUUUAAUCCUUCUAAAAAUUGUACUGAUGGAUAAUAACUGUAAAAUGUUGUCAUUUAGGAGUGGUGAUGUUGGUGCCCAGGGUCCUUCAGGGGCUGCUGGUCCUCCAGGUGAAAAAGGAGAGGCGGGAGCUCCAGGUCCAUCUGGCUUCCAGGGAUUACCUGGUACUUCAGGACCACCUGGAGAGAGUGGAAAGCCCGGAGAACCCGGACAAAGAGGUGAAAAUGGAGCCCCUGGAGCCCCAGGCAAUAAGGGUGAAAAUGGCCUUCCAGGUGAACGUGGUGGACAAGGUCCUCCAGGUCCUGCAGGAGCAAGAGGUGGAACAGGUCCCCCUGGCCCAGAAGGUGGCAAGGGUCCUGCUGGUGCACCUGGUUCCCCUGGUGGUGCAGGGCCACCUGGUUUGCAAGGAAUGCCAGGAGAGAGAGGAGGUAAUGGAAAUCCUGGACCCAAAGGAGAAAAGGGAGAACCUGGUGGCAGAGGUAGUGAUGGCUUCCCUGGUAAAGAUGGACCAAGGGGUUCUGCAGGUCCCAUUGGGCCCCCAGGUCCAGCUGGCCCACAUGGAGAUAAGGGAGAACCUGGUGCAGCUGGCCCUCCUGGUCCAGUAGGAGCCCGUGGUGGUCCUGGUGAGAGAGGUGAACAAGGUCCCCCUGGGCCUGCUGGCUUCCCUGGUGCUCCUGGACAAAAUGGAGAACCUGGUGGAAAAGGGGAGAGAGGCCCUGGUGGUGAAAGAGGUGAGACUGGUCCCCCAGGAGCUGCAGGUCCUCAAGGAGGCCCUGGCGCACCAGGUCCAGCUGGUCCCCAAGGAGGAAAAGGAGAGCGUGGUGCUCCAGGCGGCCCUGGUUCAUCUGGUUUCCCUGGCGCAAGAGGCCUGCCUGGUCCUCCUGGUAAUAAUGGCAAUCCAGGACCACCUGGUAAUUCUGGAGCUCCCGGAAAGGAUGGCCUACCUGGUCCAGCAGGUAACACUGGUCCAGCUGGCAGUCCUGGAGGUGCUGGUCCUAAAGGUGAGCCUGGCCAACCAGGUGAAAAAGGUUCACCAGGUGCACGAGGAGAAAUGGGUUCACCAGGUAGUCCAGGUCCCUCAGGUCUAGUUGGUGCACGCGGUAUUGUGGGACCACCAGGCCUUUCUGGCAGACCAGGUGCUCCUGGCUUAUCUGGUCCAAAGGGUGAAGAUGGCAAACCAGGCAGCAAUGGCAACCCAGGAGAACGAGGUGCUCCAGGUCUACAAGGUCCUCCCGGUCUAAGUGGCUCACCUGGAGAAUCUGGCAGAGAUGGCAGCCCUGGAUCAGAUGGCUUGCCAGGUCGUGAUGGAUCCCCAGGACCAAAGGGCGAUCGUGGUGAAAAUGGUGGUCCAGGUGCUCCUGGUGCCCCUGGUCAUCCUGGACCCGCAGGGAACAUUGGUCCAGCUGGAAAGGCAGGUGAAAGAGGAAGUCCGGGUCCUUCUGGUCCUGUUGGCCCUGCUGGUCCUGCUGGUACUCGUGGAGCUACAGGUCCCCAAGGUCCUCGUGGUGACAAAGGUGAAACUGGCGAGCGUGGCACCAAUGGCAUUAAGGGUCAUAGAGGAUUUCCUGGUCUCCCAGGUCCCUCUGGACCUCCUGGUGCUAUGGGUCCACAAGGUGCAAAUGGAAGUCCAGGAAGUAUGGGUGCAAGAGGUCCCCCUGGCCCAUCCGGUCCUCCCGGAAAGGAUGGUUCGAGUGGUUACCCAGGUCCGAUAGGUCCUCCAGGUCCUCGUGGUAAUCGAGGUGAAACUGGGUCUGAGGGUUCUCCUGGCCACCCAGGUUCUCCAGGUCCCCCUGGUCCUCCUGGUGCUCCUGGUCCAUGCUGUGGGGGAGGUGACUACUCUGGGGGGGUAGGUACUCUAACUGGUGAAAAAGGACCAUCGUUCUAUGGAGACCAGCCAUCUGAAAACAAGGUCAAUAUGAAUGACAUCUUAUCUUCAAUGAAAUCGAUUAACAGCCAAAUAGAAAACAUCAUUAGCCCUGAUGGGUCCCGCAAGAACCCAGCUCGUAACUGCAGAGACCUGAAAUUCUGCCACCCCGAACUUAAGAGCGGAGAGUACUGGAUUGAUCCUAACCAAGGUUGCAAGAUGGAUGCUGUAAAAGUAUACUGUAAUAUGGAAAGUGGUGAGACGUGCAUCAAUGCUAAUCCCAGGAGUGUGCCACAUAAAAAUUGGUGGACAAGUUCAGGAGAUGAAAAGAAACACAUCUGGUUUGGAGAAUCUAUGAAUGGUGGCUUCCAGUUCAGCUAUGGAGAUCCAGAGCUCCCGGAAGAUGUUUCAGAUGUGCAGAUGGCAUUCCUUAGAAUGCUCUCUAGCCGGGCCUCUCAGAAUAUCACUUAUCACUGCAAGAACAGCAUUGCUUACAUGGAUCAGGCCAGUGGCAAUGUUAAGAAGGCUCUGAAACUGAUGAGCUCCACUGAGACUGAGUUCAAGGCUGAAGGAAAUAGCAAAUUCACAUAUGCCGUUCUGGAAGAUGGUUGUACGAGUCACACUGGAGAAUGGGGUAAAACAGUCUUUGAAUACAGAACACGCAAGCCAAUGCGGUUGCCUGUGGUGGAUAUCGCUCCCAUGGAUAUUGGUGGCCCUGAUCAGGAAUUUGGUGUGGACAUUGGCCCAGUCUGUUUCUUGUAAAAAUCAAGGAUACUGCUUUUUCUAAACUCCCAGCAAGUAAAUCCACACUCUCCUCUUGUUUUAACCUUGUCAACUGGUAUAGGUGAUCAACUGUAUCCCAGUUAUUUAUUUCCAAAAUUUCUGGAGGGAAAAAAUGCAAUUUGACCAAGAGUUAAUAGUUUCUAAUUGCACAAAGUACAAUAAAAAUGCUUUUUGCUUUUUAAACCAAAUUCCAUCUUCUAAACAUGGUUCUGUGGUGCUAUAAUAAAACUUCAACACUCAACAAAACAAUACUGUCUUCCAUUAGUUGAAUAAAAGUCAAUUUACACGGCACUGAUUGCUCCCAGCAUCAAGGUUUACCCUAAGACGCAGUCCAUAAAGCUAGAAAGACUUCCCCGUUUCAACUACCUCAACAUGGACAGAAACUGGGAUGAGUUUAAUGAGUCAUAGCAAAAAGUUUAAAAAAAAAACCAAAACACCAGCCAAACCAAAAUACAUUGGAACCAUUAAUUAAAUAAAGGGAAUUAUUAGGUAUACAAUUGUCUUUCUCUGUACUGAUUAGCUUGAACACCCUACUGUUACAAUCCAACAAUAAAAUUAUGGUAUUCUGUUUUCAAGCGUACUUCUAUAAUUUCCUGUCAUUGCUGGUAGAGACCACUACAAUUAGGGAAGUGUAAAAGACUAAUGUGAUGGUGCUAAUGUAUUUUUCACAUCUAAAUCUGCAAGCCAGGUUUAUUGACUUGCUUUAAAUGAUUAAAAACAAUUGUAAAUGUCUCCUGUCAGAGAUUAGGAUGGGCACACUAUUUUUGAGGUCAUUCUCCCUUCACUCUGUAAAAGUCAAUAAAGAUGCAGAAUUGAGAGCCUCUAUCAAACACAUUUGUAGUGUUGAAGGUUAACCAUCUUUGUAAGCUUUUAUCUGGUUGUUGGUCUUUUCCUUACAGAGACACAUAAUAAAUAUCUUAAUAAAACUCCUCAUUUUUCCAAAAA